AUGUUCGCCAAACCCACCACCCUCUUCGCCCUCCUCGCCGUCGCGACCCGCGUCCUGGCCACCCCACCCGCCUGCCUCAUCGCAGCCGUCAACACCCAGCCCAACCCCGCCACUCUCUCCGCCGUCUGCAGCGGCAACAAUGCCACGGCGGUCGAGUCCUACAUCUGCAAGAACUGCACGGCCGAUACUGUCCAGCUGGCCAUGAGCGGGUUCGCGAGUGUGUGUGCUGGCGCUGGCGUCACGAUUAAAAACACCACCUCCUGCUCCGCCACCUCCUCCUCUUCUUCCAGCUCAGGCACAGCCUCCAUGACCUCCUCCGGCGCUAUCCUCGCAACCGGCUCUUCCGGCGCAAUCCUCACAGGCGGUGCCUCCUCGGGCUUCGCAACAGCCACAGCCAACGGCACCGUCUCCUCCGCCCACAGCGCACCCACCGCCACUCAAUCCAGCAGCGGCGGUUCGGGAUCAGGCACCAGCGGCUCCGGAUCAGGCUCCAACGGCGCAAGUGGAACCUCGAGCGGCAGCUCCGCGAGCGCGUCUGCUAAGCCUUAUACCGGUGCUGCGGCGCGUCUAGGUAUGGAUUUGGUUGGUCUAGCGGCUUUGGGUGCGUUUGGGGCUAUGCUUGCUUUGUAG